AUGAGAAAUGAGAGCUCCAAGAGAAGUAAGCUUUUUUGGCCUAAAACACUGGUGAAGAAAUGGUUCAACAUCCAGAGCAAAUCCGAGGACUUUCAUGCUGAUGACACCAUUUUUGGAAGUGUUGAUGAAGAAUGGAGGACCAAAUUCUCUAAGAGGGAGGCAUGCACUAUCAAGAAAAGUAUAACAGAUAAAUCAAGUAAACAGUUUUCCGAUGGUGUCCGACGAAGUAAGAUUGACCUCGAUGCCUCCCAAAUUACUGAUGUACACAACUAUAAGAUCUUUGUGGCAACAUGGAACGUUGCUGGAAAAUCUCCACCCAGCUAUUUGAAUCUUGAAGAGUGGCUACAUAAUUCACCGCCAGCUGAUAUUUAUGUUCUUGGGUUUCAAGAAAUUGUACCUUUAAGUGCUGGUAAUGUCCUGGGAACAGAAGACAGUGGUCCGGCUAGAAAAUGGUUAGCAGUUAUUAGGAAAACUUUGAACAGUGUUCCAGGCAACAAUGGUGGCUAUCACACGCCUUCAUCAGUUUCCAAUCCAAUAGCUGAACUAGACGCCGACUUUGAAGGAACAAAUAGAGAAAAAGCUUCCUCUUUCUUCGAAUGUCGUUCAUUUCAGCCAUUGAGCUGUAGUAUGAGAAUGAUGGAUAGUGACAUGUCAAUUACACAUCCUAGACUAGAUCGCCAAUUUAGUGUUUGCGAUAGGGUUAUCUUUGGAGAUGGAUCGAAUGACUAUGAUCCCAAUGUCAGAUGGGAUGGUUCAUCUGAUUAUGAAAAUGGGCUGGACGAUUCACCUUAUAUCAUUCAGAACUCUCCAAUUUCAUAUGAUGUUUCUGGCCUGAUGGAGGAAAGGGACAGACAAUCCGGGCAGUCUAGGUAUUGUUUGGUUGCAAGUAAGCAAAUGGUUGGGAUUUUUCUCACAAUAUGGAUAAAGAGUGAUGUGAGAGAUUCUGUUCAAAAUCUAAAGGUUUCUUGUGUUGGCAGAGGAUUGAUGGGUUAUCUUGGAAAUAAGGGUUCAAUUUCAAUUAGCAUGUCUUUGCACCAGACGAGCUUCUGCUUCAUCUGUAGUCAUCUAACCUCUGGAGAGAGGGAUGGUGAUGAGUUGAGGAGGAAUUCCGAUGUCAUGGAAAUUUUGAGGAAAACAAGGUUUCCACAAGUGCAUGGAACGGGGGAUGAGAACUCCCCCCAAACAAUCCUUGAGCAUGAUCAAAUUAUAUGGCUUGGGGACUUGAAUUAUCGAAUAGCCCUCUCGUAUCGAUGUGCAAAAGCUCUCGUCGAGAUGCGUAACUGGAAAGCUUUGUUAGAAAAUGACCAGCUUCGUAUAGAGCAGAGACAGGGGCAUGUAUUUGCUGGAUGGAAUGAAGGAAGAAUAUAUUUCCCACCAACGUACAAGUAUUCAAAUAAUUCCGACAGAUAUGCUGGGGAGAAUAUGCACCCCAAAGAGAAACGUAGAACACCUGCAUGGUGUGAUCGAAUAUUAUGGCAUGGUCGAGGUCUCCAUCAACUAUCGUAUGUCCGAGGAGAGUCUAGGUUCUCAGAUCAUAGACCAGUUUAUGCUAUAUUUUUGGCAGAAGUUGAGUCUAUUAAUCGUAGCCGAUUCAAGAAAAGCACGAGUUAUUCCAGCUCUAGGAUUGUGGUUGAAGAGUUGCUGCCUUACUCCCGUGGAUAUGGUGAACCAAAUUUCUACUGA